UGCCCUUUAUCAUCUCCACAUAUUUACAGAACAAAUACCGUUAAGCUUGCAGCGAUAAGCAAUUGUGUCCCACUGCUGAUUGAAUUGUGUCGUUUUCGUUUUUUUCGAGUUUGUGAAAGAAUAAAAAUAUGCUUGCAAGUGGAAUGGACAGAUUAAUGGUGCAAACGAUUUGAGGAAGAAGCCAUGAUGUUUGCUGAUCACUUCAAUUAAGAGGAAAUGGAAACCAAUAAAAGUGACACUACAGUAUGCAGCUCUCAUCAACAGUCUUUCGUUGCUGUGUGUUUCACACACAAAAAGCUGUUGUGUACAGACUGUCUUAUCGAGGAAACCCACUCCGGAAAUUGCCAAAUGAAAUCGUUUUCAAAACAAUUUACAGAUAAUGAACAAUAUUUCAUUGACGCUUUGAAAAUAAUCCAAAAAGUUGACUGCAGCCUUUCUAGGGUAGACCGCCACGUAAAUGAAAUACGAAGACAAAGGCAAGUAGUAAAGGGCAAGAUCAAUGAAAGUAUGAAUGCAAUGAUACAUAAAUUAAAUGAAUCUGCUCGAAACUCGAUCCAGAUGGUCGACACACAAGCAGAUAUUAUAGAAAGUACGUACAAUAAUUUUAUCAAAGAGGUUAAGGCUUCAAAGUCAAAACUUGAGACAAACUUAGAUUUAGCGACACAAGAUCAAUAUGCGGAGUCAGAUUUUCAGAAUAUUGUCAAAUUACUGGAUGACAAAGAUCAUCAUAUGAAUGUCAACAUGUUGGAAUGCGGAUUUACCGUCACAGACGUCAAGGAACGUAUAGAUGAGUUGAAGGAAAUCGGAAAAGUAAUUUUUGGAGAAUUUGAAUAUUAUGAGGCAAUUAGCCAUUUUGAGGUGCCCACCAGUAACACAGAAAAACAUAGCAACCUAUCUGUAGAUACAAAGAUGCCAAAGGUUAACAUGGGUACACAGUACAAAAUUGCUGCAAAUACCGAAGUGCAAAGAGCUGACACAGGCACACAUACCAACGUUCCUGUCGUCACAGACGAAAAAAGAAAUAUAUCUCUUUCGAUUCGUCCAGAUAAAAAGAGGUCAAUGUGUUGUUCAUGUUUUGGAAGCAAAUAUGCAAUGGAAGACCAGACUGCCGAUUAUGAAAGUCCAUUAGAAGCAGCUAAUGCCGAAGGGUAUGAAAUAAUACACAACCUAAAGAUAAACGAUAUACAAGAACAAAUACAUAAGAACACAAUAAUACAAAAUCCAUCAUAUAGUUCAGAAGUGGAUGACAAUUUGGGUGUUUAUAGCGAUGUAACAUUCACAACUCUUGAAAUCCCAAACAAUAAAACAACUAUUGUUUUGUAUAAAAAUAAUGACUUUCAACAGAAAGUGUCUUUCAAGUGGGUAACGGAUGUAAAGAACGGAAUCAUAGUUUAUGAUGAAUUUGAACAGACGCUUGUUCUAACGGGCACAGACGGGUGCGUUAAAGUCGUCCACCAAAUCAAAGAACAGCCUCUGGCACUGAUUAGGGUUUCGUCAGAACGGGUGACAACACUGUUUGUCGAAGGAAAAGCGUGCAAAAUGAGGUGUUAUUUUAUAAGUGAUACGGCAAUAAAAUUAAACUACGCCAAUGCAUUGCCAAACGAAAUUCAAAAUCAGUUCUUAGGUGCCUGGUAUGACAUUUUAAACGAAAAAUACGCCGUGGCAUGUAAUGGUACACUUUAUGUACUGACUGCAGCUGGAGAGAUAGAAUCCAAGCAUGUAUUUAAAAAACGUGAUGGGAACUGGGAAGGCAUUCGCGCAGCAUACGACUUCCAUAAACGUCUGCUUUUCGUAUUAGACUCGCGCAAAAAGCAAUUGGAAUGUCAGAGCAUCGACAAAAAAGAAGUGGUUUGGGAAAAAACAUAUGAUGGCGAGGAAUUUCGUCCGACGAACGUGUGCCUCACAAAAGACACACUAUAUAUUAUAAGCGGAGAUCAGCUUAUUCCCGUAUCAUGUGAGGAUGGGACGCCUACGGGAGACCCAAUUGAGUUAGAAGAUUUGGAUGAGAACAUUUUGGCCUGCCAUUUUGUGGAGGGCAAAAAUGCUAUGAUUCUUACCACAAAAUCUCGUACAGUUGGAUUUCUUAAAUUGGAUCGCAAUCAGCAGAUAAGAGUGGUGAAGGAAAGCGCGGAUGUCAAUUUGACGGACAUUAAUGUCACACAAUUUUGAUCUGUUACCUGCAAAUGUAGCGUAAUGAGUUUUGAACGAACAGACAACGUCUCUUGUUUCACGAAAGUAUAGGAUAUUUGUUUAUCAAAGUGGUAUCACUUUUUACUGCGUUGUUUGGAGCUGUGAUAUAAAAUAACAAAACAGUCGAAAGGGCUAGUGAUGUUGUUAAUCUUAAUGCACCAGUACAUGUAGUUUAAAUAUCGAUUUGUUAAGUAUAACCACCAUUUUUGUAAAACUUUUACAUGAACAUUAGUUUUGUCUUUAUGUUUAAAAAGUUUUGUGAUUUGAGAAAUAAAGAACAUAAAGACAA